AGAAUAUUUAAAUUUAGGCUUGCUCCCACGCAACUGUUUCUUCAACUUUAUUGCUCCAGCUCCAAAUUAAUGAACGCCAAAUCACCAAACGAAUAAUCCCAUUUCAGAAACUGAAAAAGCAAAUCCAAUUCAAAACAUCGCAGCUCAAAUCCAUUCAAAAACUACUCAAGCAUCCGAUGCAGAAGCAGAUUUCUUGGUCAAUCAAUGGAAGAUGAAGAAGAAGAGGGGUUUAGGUUAUGCUGGGCGUGAUCUUCUUUGUGUAUUUGUUGUGUGCUCUCGUGUGUGUCUGAAACAGACCAAGUUUGAAUUUUUGUUGUCUGAAAAUGGCUGUGAAAGGUAAAAGGGAUGGUCCCAUAAGCCCUGUGCUUUUCAAAUUUGGUGUUGCUUUGGCUUUUUCCCUUGGUGGGUUUGUCUUUACUUUUCUCAGAAGCAAAAGAAUUAUGCUUCCUAAACCAAAACCAAAGGCUUCACCCCCUUCUCCAGGUAAGGCUGAUUCAGAUGUUGGGGCUGAUCACCCUCCUUUGAAGAAGUUAAACAUCCCAAGAGUCUCUUCUCGGAAUUCUAUGAGUGACGUCUCCUCCAGCGAGGGUAGGAGCGUUGGAGACAGAGAUGGCUUUCUCUUCCACGAGCUGGAUCAGCUCGUAAAAGAAUAUGACAUGGAAACGGAUGAUGCUUCCCGGAGGAAGAGUGGACUGUCUUCAGAACACAAAGUCGAGCCAACUGAGGAAGAGGAGAGAGAGAUCGUUAGCCUAAGGAGGAAGGUUCAAAUUCUCGAAGAAAGGGAGAAGAUCCUCGAGAGUCAGCUGCUCGAGUACUAUGGCCUUAAAGAACAGGAAAAUGCAGUCUUGGAGCUUCAAAACCGGCUUAGAGUGCACAACAUGGAGGCUAAGCUCUAUAACAUUAAGAUCGAGUCCUUGCAGUCGGAUAACAAGAAAUUGCAGGCUAAAGUGGCUGAUUAUGAAAAGGUCGUUGCAGAGCUUGAAUCUGCGCAAGCCAAGAUAACACUGCUGAGGAAGAAGCUUAGGUUCGAAGCUGAACAGAACAGGGAGCAGAUCUUGAGGCUUCAAGAAAAAGUUAUGAAGCUGCAGGAUCAGGACUCGAAGGCCGUUGAAGCCGAUCAAGAUUCGGAAAGGAACCAUCGUUUGGAGAAGGAGUUAGAGGAGACGAAGAGGUAUAAUCAUAGUUUGAAGCUCGAAAAUUUGGAGUUGGCUCAGAAAAUAGAGAGCCUACAAAUACUUGCUAAAUCUACUUUAGAUGAUAAAGAGGUUCAAGCACUUAAAGAAGAGAGUCAGCUUCUAAGACGACAAAACGAAGAUUUCAGGAAGGAAAUCGACCAGCUCCAAGCUGACCGGUGCACAGAUGUUGAGGAGCUCGUCUACCUCCGAUGGAUAAAUGCCUGUCUCCGCUAUGAGCUGAGAAAUUAUCAGCCCGGCCCGGAUGAAACCAUAGCUAGGGAUCUCAGCAAGACGCUAAGCCCCAAGUCGGAAGAAAAGGCGAAGAAACUCAUCCUUGCAUAUGCAAAUAGGGAAGGCACUGGAUGCAAGGAUCCGGACCUUGAGGAACUUUAUCACGAUGACUGGUCCAUAUCCCAGAACUCGUAUCUCACCGACUCCGGUGACCCCGAUGAUCUCCCCAUCGACAACUUGCACGACAGCAAAGCAAGUUACCGGAACAAAAGGAGAGUCUUCACCAAGCUGAUGAAGCUGCUCCGAGGAAAAGACAACGACCAUCGUGUUCAGACAACACCUGCCUUGCUUAGGCAGAGAGCUGCAUCUGUGGACGACGCUCUGAGUAGAACAGACGGUGAUGGUUUCACUAAGACAGCAACAACCUCAUCUGCUACUUCGUCCAGACAAUCUUUCGACCUGCAGAGAUCCUAUUCGCAAGGUCGGAAGAGUGCCACAGCAGAAAGCUCUCGAAGAAUGAGUGAAGAUAGUUCUCUGAGUAUAUUCAGAAGCUUCGACACAAUAGCUGGAUACGACGACUCCCCGUCUUCUGGCUCUCAGCCUGGUCAGGAAGCUCAAAGUGCUGCAAAAACUGAACUCGUGAAAUAUGCCAAGGCAUUGAAGGAUUCUCGUCCUAGACCUCGACGAAGAUCAGUCACUUUUGGUUCCUUUUAAUCAUUUUUUUUUCUCUUUUUAUUCAAACCUCAUAUAUUACAGUGGAGAAAGGUUAAGGUCUUACUUGUAGUUGAGUGAUUCACUAAUAGCUUGUAAAAUGUGAAAUGUGUUUGAAAAUCAAUAUAUAGGUAUUGAAAAUGCAUUUGUAGUA